CCUCACGACAAAUCCGUCGCUGCGUACUUUCGCCGUUUCCCGCCAGCCAGCCAUGUGCCCCUUUCCUAGAUACGGCCUCAUGAUGCCGUCGAUGACGGGGCCCCGCCUCCUCACAUCGAGUCGCCGUCUCUGCGCUUGACACUCGUUGGGAACCCAACAUCAUCAUCAUCAUGUCCGCCUCUGUGGAUAACCUUGGUGCAUUAGCGCCGGCACCUUGUCAGGCGAACCAAGUCGAGAUAUCGGAGCGUGCGAGGCAGCGCGAGAUCGCAGCCUACCUCUCCGCUGCCUCGUUUCCCCCGGGCCUACCGACUGCCUUUCAGAAGACGCCGUUGCUUUGCACCGAUCCCACCCUUAAUGCCCUCACCCAGUUGGGCGCCCUCCGCCUCAACGUCGACCGUGCGUUCGUUUCCCUCAUCGACCGCCAACACCAAUAUGUCAUCUCCGAGGUGACCAGGACGCACUCGUUCGUCGGCAUGAAGUGCGCCCCCGGCGACACCGUCGCGAUAGGCGUUUGCAAGCUCCGCAACUGCGACGGCGUCUGCCCCGCAACCAUGAUGGCUUUUAUGGACGAGACGGGGGAGUGGGUGAAGACUGGCCCGGAUGUCAUCGCCAACAGGACGCGCUACAUCAUCAACGAUUUCCGGACCCACCCCGACUACAAGGACCGGCCGUACGUGACGGGCUAUCCGCACUUCACAUCUUAUCUCGAAGUCCCGCUCCUGUCUCCGCUGGGUUAUCUCCUAGGAAGCUACUGCGUUGUCGACAGCAAGCAGAACGACUUUGACAAGGACGAGCUGGUCCAGGUCAUGAACGAGAUUGCCGCCACUAUCGUGGCCCACCUCGAAAACGUGAGGAUCAAGCAGAGUCGAGACAGGUCCGAGCAAUUGAUCAACGGCCUAACCGGCUUUAUCCGACAAGAGCCACCCAUCAGCCCUGGGGCAAUCAUUGAGGUCGCCGCACUCGACGGAACGGGGUCGGCGCCAGACCUCUGGGACUCGGCCGCUUCGAGUAGGCCGGACAAAGACGGUCCCACUGACACAGCAUCGUCUCAUGGCCUGGGGAGCCUUGACCAGCGACCAAGGAUGGCCUCAUUGCCGUCUCAGGAGUCUGCGACUUCCAAUUUGUCACUCGUUUCUCCGCAGCAGGGCCGCUCUGAGACGCCCCCGACCACCCCUCGGGAUGACCCGGGCGAUAAUCCCUUGGAAGAACAGCUUCACGCGGCAAUCGCUCAGGCAGCCGCAGAGGCCACGGCGCCAGAGCCGCCGAACGCCCCGUCCGAGGACUCGGAGCCACACGGCUUCAUCAGCUCGGCCAAUAUCAAGACUACUUUCUUCAGGGCGGCAGCGACGAUCCGGCGCUCCAUGGACAUGGACGGUCUCAUCUUCCUCGAUGCCGUACCCAGUUCCUAUCUCGACCGACCGGACCAGCCAUCGCUCAACUUGAGAGAACUGCCACCUAACCCGGCCGAAGGACCCUUCUGCGCGGCCAUCGUCAAGUCUGUGGCGGGCCAGGGGGCCGAGACCGCGACGCAUUCGACCCAUAUCCCGCUCCCCGAGGUGUCGCUGCAGAGGUUCAUCCGAGCGUACCCCAACGGCCAUGUGUUCACCGCAGACGAGCUCGGUCCGAUUGAUGACAGUUACGGCAUCGGAAAACCCUUUGAGGCUCGGCGCAAGGCAGACCAGGAGGGCUUGCGCCUGCGAAACGACAUCGCCACGCUCUUUCGCGUCUUGCCUGCCGCCAAGUAUGUCAUCUUCCUACCUUUGUGGCACUUUCAGCGGGAGUGUUGGUACGCCGCCACGCUCGGUUGGGUCGAGGACCCCACGCGGGCGCUCAAUAGCGGCGACGUCGGCCUGGUCUCGGCAUUCGGGAACUCGGUCAUGGCUGAGGUGUCACGCCUGGAAGCGCUGGCUGCGAGCCGCGCCAAAUCCGACUUCGUCUCGUCGCUCAGCCACGAGCUAAGGAGCCCGCUGCACGGCAUCAUGGCGAGCAGCGAGCUGGUUCGCGAGGGCAUCUCGGACCGCCCGCUGCUGUCAACCUUGGACAUGCUCGACUCAUGCGCCACGACCCUACUCGACACCUUCAAUAACCUGCUCGACCACGCUGUCGUCACACAUUCCAGUCAAAGUGGCGGCUCCGGGGCACCUUCCAUUUCGGAAAUACAGGACACGGACUUGGGAAUCUUGGUCGAGGAUGUCGUCGACGUCGUCCGAGUCGGGCACCUAUCCGGGAAUGCCCUACAAAUGCAGGCUUCGCCUACCCGCCACAGACUCGCCAAUGCUGAACAAGGGCAGUCAGGACAAUCGACUCUCAUCAGCGUCCAGAUCACACGGCGCCCGUGGAAGCUGCCUAUCAACGUAGGCGCCUGGAAACGGAUUGUCAUGAACAUAUUUGGAAAUGCCAUCAAGUACACCAGCGCCGGUCGCAUCGAAAUCGGGCUGAAGGUCGUCAAGCGGACAAACAAGGCAGGCAACGCCUCUGAUUACAUCUCGUUCACGGUAGAAGACACGGGCGCUGGCAUGAGUUCUGACUACAUCAAGUACCGUCUGUUUACCCCCUUUUCGCAGGAAAACAGCCACGCCCCCGGCAUGGGCUUGGGUCUCAGCAUUGUACGGCAACUUGUCAGCGACAUUGGCGGCACCGUCAGCAUCAAGAGCUCGCUGGGCAUUGGUACACUCGUCGAGGUCUUGGUCCCGUUCGGCGAGAAUGCUCCAGCCAUCACCGACCAGCAAGCCACGGACCGGGUGAUGUCGGAGCUCCGUGGACGGACCUUGUGCUUCGUGGGCGCUGAUGCCUGCGCGGCCAUCGCCGGGGCAGAGUUCGUGGUUGGCGACAAGGCCCGGGACUGGUCAAACACCGCCGAAAAAGCCAUCAGAGCCAACGCAGGAGAUUUCCUCGGCAUGGAGGUAGUGGUCGGAACCGGGGACUGCCCAGCGCCGAGCGCGGACGUCUACAUUCUGGAUAGCAGCAUAUUCGCCGAGGAAACGAAUGAGCACCGCGAUAGGAUCCUGCAGGCAUGGCAUACGCAUGUUGCGCCGUUGGUGGUGCUCUGCUCGGGGUCGUCUUCGUGUCUCAAGCAGCAGCUCACGAACGGCCAUGACCAUGGCCUCCACUUGCAUCAUCCCGUCGGCCCGAGGAAGCUCGCGGCGGUUUUCCGGUCGGCGUUGCAGGCCAGGCUCAACACGGUCAAUGCCCGGGUGGAAAACCAGGUCUCAUUGCCCCCGCGGCCAUUACAGACCGUGAAGGAACGACCUUUACCAGCGCCUACCGCACCGUCGCUUUUCACGCCACCGCUCAAUGUCGCAAACAAGCCGGAUCCCACAGAAAUGGGUCCUUUACAACCGCAGCCGACAAACACCUCCCAUCUCCUCCUCGUCGACGACAAUCCCGUCAACCUCAAACUUCUAACACAGCUCGUUCGCAAGCUGAAGCACACAUUCGCAACCGCAAACAACGGCCUCGAGGCCGUGGAGCUGUACAAGAAGUCUCUCGAGGGAGAUGCAAGCCCCUUCACCCUAAUCUUCAUGGACAUCAGCAUGCCCGUGAUGAACGGUUUUGAGGCGACCCGAGAGAUUCGGCGGAUUGAGGUUGCUGUGGGGGCGACGCGAUGCAAGAUCGUCGCCCUGACCGGUCUCCGCAGCGACGUGAACGGGGCCGAGGCGACCGCGAGUGGUCUCGACUUGUUCUUGACGAAACCUGUCAAGUUGGAUAGGAUUAGACAGUUGCUGGAUGAGAUGCAGGCGGUGAGCGGGGGGCAGGCGGGCGUCGUUCAAUAACAACCGGGUCGUUACGGAUGGCUUGCCAACACGGUGGCCGUUCAAAAUUGACCACACAUGUAUGAGGAUCACGCAAGCCUGGCCUGCCAUGGCUACUGCGG